AUGGACGACGCGGACUCCGACGCCGACGCCGAUGCGGGCGUCGCAGACUACGGCGUCGAGCGGUACGACGACCCCGAGCGGCACGACCCGCUGCGCGACCGGCUCCUCCCCGCGCUCGGACUCGCGUCGAGAGAGAGCCGACACAGCGUCAUCGUCACGUUUCUCAACGCGUGCGGGGAGCGGUGCCGGCUGUACUGGAUCGACUACGCCGGCAAGGUGGUCAGGUACAAGACGCUGUCCCCGGGGGAAACGCACCGGCAGCAGACGUUCGAGACGCACCCGUGGACGUUCGCGACGGUCCCGGACGACGACGCCGUCGCGAGCGGCGGCGGCUUUCGACGGCGACGCCUCGCCGUGAACGGGUACCCGGUGUACUUCGCGUCUCGGGAGCGCGACGGCGACGGCGACGGCGACGGAGAGACGACGGGAGCGGGAGACUCGACGCGGCGGAUCACGCGCCCGGGGUGUAAGGCGUGGCGGCACGACGCGCAUCGCGAGUUCCCGCGGUUUUUCCGCGACGUCUCGAGGGCGUUUUUGAUGACGCACGCUCGGCUGCGGCGAGAGAGGGCCGCCGCCGCCGCCGAGGGAGAGGGGGGCGACGCCGGCGACGUCGUCCGCGUGAGCGUCGUGAACGACGCCGCGAUGGACGUCGAGGACGCGCCGGUGUCCUCGAGGACGAGGGCUAGAACGCGCGUGUCUUCCGCUCCAGCGGAGGCGGCGACCGUCUCGUCCGCGAGCGGGGACGAGGACGACGACGAAGACGACGACGACGACGACGAGAAAAGAAACGAAAACGAAAACGAUUCGGCGGCGAGACACACGCUCGGGAGCCUCCCCUCGGACGUCGUGCAUCACAUCGUGAAGCUCGCCGCGCCGAGCGUGCCGUUCUUCUUACCGGUGGACGACGUCCGGUGCGACGUCGAGGAGGCGGUCGCGACGUCGGAGAGCGAGGAGGAAGUCGCGAACGCCGCCGCCGACGCGACGGCGUGA